AAUAUCGGUAUUAUCGAUUUAAUAGAACAUUCAAAUAUAGCGUUUGGAAAGUAUAUUUGGCUUUUUAUGUUCGACUGUGAAAAGGAUCACAGAAGUAGCGGUGUUCACUGUGUUCAGCAGUGAUAAAACAUUGUUUAUCGUCUGCUGAGCGAUUCUAUAUGAGGCAAUGGAAGAGAGAAUUAUUGAAUCUGCAGAGUCUGAUGACCACCUUUCAGAAUCUGGAGUUGAAGAAGAUCACCGUCAGCCAUCAGUUCACUUAUUUACAAGACGGAUUCUUUGUUUGGGACUGAAAACGAUCUCAAUGGUUCUACUGUAUUAUUCUUUUUCAAUCUCUUUGACUUUCUAUAAUAAAAAACUAAUGACGGUAAAGGAUGCUUUAAACUUUUCCAAAAUUCACUGAUAACAUCACUUAUGAUCUCCAUACAGGACUCUAAACUUGGUUUAUCAAUAACGAUGGUUCAUUUGAUUACGAAGCUUGUGCUGAGUUGCCUCGUUAGGCUAAUAUACACUUGUUAUACAGGCAUUCAAAGAGUAAUAGUUCCUUGCUCUGAAAAUUUUAAGAGAAUAUGCCCGCCCGGUAUUGCCAGCUCUCUUGACAUAGGUUUCUCAAAUUGGGGCCUUGAAUACGUUACUGUUUCCUUAUAUACAAUGACCAAAUCUACAGCAAUUAUUUUUAUCCUUAUAUUUUCUAUUAUUUUCAACUUGGAAAAGCCAAGAAAAUCAAUUGUGGUUGUUGUUAUAUUAAUAUCUGUUGGCUUGUUCCUGUUUACAUUUGAAUUGACUCAAUUUUCGCUUUUGGGAUUUUCACUUGUUCUUUCUGCAUCAUGUUUAAGUGGUAUUCGUUGGACAUUAGCUCAACUUGUCAUGCAGAGAUCGUCGUUAGGCCUACCUAAUCCAAUUGAUAUGAUCUACUAUAUUCAACCGUGGAUGAUUAUGGCCCUUUUUCCUUUGCUAUGCGCAGUUGAAGGAAACCAUUUAAUUAAGAUACUUAAAAGCCUCUUUAGUGACAAAUUUGGUGUGGGUGAAUGCUUUCGUCAAUUUGGUCUCGUUUUUGCUGGUGCUCUUUUAGCAUUCGCAAUGGAAUGCAGCGAAUACCUAUUAUUAUCAUCAACGUCUAGUCUAACUUUAUCCAUAUCGGGCAUAUUUAAAGAAAUCAUUACCUUAACUCUUGCUGCCCUUAUAAAUAAUGAUAAGUUAAAUCCCAUAAAUAUUACAGGCCUUGUUAUGUGCCUUUUUGGAAUUAUCUUUCAUAUAAGUAUUAAAGCUCAAAAAGAAGCUCGAAACCAAUUAAGAAGCCAAAGUACAGAUAGUGCUGAAUCGAGUCCAGCAAAGAAGGAAGACGUUUUACGGUCACUUUUACGAAACUCAAGGACUAUUAGUGAAUCUAGUUAUACAUUUGAGUGAACUUACUAUACAGUAUAUACUAGUUAGUUUCUUGUUUUUAUGACGAUUUCUAUUAUUAGUACCAUUAUUGAUGUCAUAUUCUAUACAGUAUAUGUACUGUAUAUUAUGGGUGGUACUUAUAGACGACUUACGUUAUUAUUAAUAUUAUAAAAUGCUAUUAUCAAAUUUUCGAAUAAAAAAUAACAGUGGUU